GUGAAAAGAAGAUAAGAAGAUAAGGCAGGUACGAGAGCGAACAACAUUUUAAUGAAACUAAUGAAUCAUUCUACUUUUCUAACCACCAACACUUUCUCAUCAUGGCCACUGAACGAUCUCAUAGUGUUUCCUCCUCUUCAGCAUCGCAUCGUCAAGAUGAUGUGUUGGAAAAGCAGGCUAAUGAAUCAAAAGAAGAGCCGCAACAAGCUCUCGGUCAAGUUGACUUAACAGACGUAGACUCUGAUGCUGAGAAGAAAUUAAAGGAAGCCAACUUAGUCCUCACUCCAGGACAAGAACCAAUCACUGAACAAGAAUUUAAGCAGACAUUAAGAAGAAUCGACUUAAUCUUGAUGCCUUUCAUGUGCUUGAGCGUUUUACUGCAAUACCUUGAUAAAACAUCUCUCAACUAUGCAAACUUGUUAAACAUCCGUCAAGAUUUAGACUUUACCCAAAGACAAUACAGUUGGCUCGGAUCAAUCUUUUAUCUUGGUUAUUUGGCCGCAUCUCCUGUUCAUGGUUACUUUUUACAAAAAGUCAAUCUUACUCGUUAUCUUGGUCUUAUGAUUCUACUUUGGGGAAUAACUUUAACCCUUCAUGCUGCUGCUUUUGAUUACGCUGGACUUGUCGCUUGCAGACUUUUCCUUGGAAUUUUCGAAGCCGCACUAACACCUGGAUUCAUCCUUCUUACCGGUCGAUUUUACAAGAGUAGAGAACAAAUUGCAAGAACGAACAUUUGGUUUUCCAUGAAUGGCUUCGCACAGAUUUUGGGAGGCGCAAUCAGUUAUGGUGUUCAAGUUCAAAAGCCAUCAAAAUUAAAAGUUUGGCAAGAAUUAUACAUCAUCUUGGGUGUCAUCACGGUGGUGUAUAGUUUUGCAGUCUUUUUCGGUAUGCCAGAUUCUCCUGAAACGACCAAGAUUUUCAAAACUGAUCGUAUGCGUAUGGCAGCGAUUGAACGAAUCAGAACAAACAAGACCGGUUUACAUGACAAAAAGUGGAAAUGGUAUCAAUGCCGUGAAGCACUUUUGGAUGUUCGACUUUACCUCGUCUUUUUAUUGAUCAUCACAACCGAUAUCGCAAAUGGAAUUACGAGUAAUUUCAGUUCUGCAAUCUUGAAAGGACUGGGAUUCGAUUCCAAAAAGACUGCUUUGGUAGGAAUGAGCACGGGUGUAAGCGAAGUCGUUGCGAUCAUUUUGGGUAUCGUGAUCGCUUAUGCAACAAAUACACGAUUCAUUCCUGGUGUUUUCAGUUUCAUGAUUGCAAUUGUUGGCGGUGCUCUAGUCUUGGCAUCUGAUGAACGAGUAACACAAGUGGCAGGCUACAACUUAAUCUUCUUUUUCCCAAUCGGAUCUGCAUUGUUAUAUUCAUGGCUUUCUUCGGCCAUCGGUGGAACAACGAAAAAGAUUGUUUUCAAUGUGGUUUUGCAAUUCGGUUAUUCUGCCGGAAAUAUUAUUGGUCCACAAGCAGCAGGAGUUGCACCUCAUUAUCGAUUGGGUAAAGCAGUCAUGUUGGCAAUGUUUUCCAUUUCGGCUUUUGCCAUGUGUGCAAUUUCUUUGGUUCACUUUGUUUGGAAUAAACAACGUGAUCGUGCACAUGAAAAAGGUCAAGAUGAACCUGCUUUAUCUGAAUUGGCAGAUCAUACGGAUAAAGAAUUGAGAAGUUUCCGUUAUCCUUAUUGAUUAUUGUAUUGCUUUCUGCUUUUCUUCAAUGUCAUUGUGAUUUUAGUCAUCAUUAUGAGUGCCCCUCUCCUUUCCCCCGCG